GGGCGUUUUUUUCUAUCUUCGUACCACCAGAUUUUUUGGGUGGUGGCUGUUUGUUUAACAACUUCAGAAUUCCUCUGAUCAAGUUUAGUGCAAAGACGCCUGGACUGGGAUAUCCUCAGCUGACCAUCGCCUUUUGAUUGGAUUCUUAUUUCACGUCUACGAUUCUUGUUUUUCUCUUUGGGAAAACAAGUUAAAUCAACAAAGGGAGGUUUUACUAGCUCACUAAAAGAGGCUACAUUAGCUGGCUUGCUAGCUAGUUAGCUAACUUACAGAAGCGUCAAGGGAACGCAACGCUCAGAUGCAGGCCAUAAAGUGUGUAGUCGUGGGAGACGGUGCGGUGGGUAAAACAUGUCUCCUCAUCAGCUACACCACCAAUGCCUUCCCCGGGGAGUACAUCCCUACUGUGUUCGACAACUACUCUGCCAAUGUGAUGGUGGAUGGGAAGCCAGUAAACCUGGGCCUUUGGGAUACGGCGGGUCAGGAGGACUACGACAGGCUCCGUCCCCUCUCCUACCCACAGACGGAUGUGUUCUUGAUUUGCUUCUCGCUCGUCAGUCCCGCCUCCUUUGAAAACGUCCGUGCCAAGUGGUACCCAGAGGUCAGGCACCACUGCCCCAACACUCCCAUCAUCCUGGUGGGCACCAAGCUGGAUCUGAGGGACGAUAAGGACACCAUCGAGAAGCUGAAGGAGAAGAAGCUCACGCCCAUCACCUACCCACAGGGCCUCGCCAUGGCCAAGGAAAUCGGCGCAGUGAAGUACCUGGAGUGCUCAGCCUUGACACAGCGCGGCCUUAAGACGGUGUUCGACGAGGCCAUCCGGGCAGUGCUGUGCCCGCCCCCCGUCAAGAAGAGGAAGAGGAAGUGCUCGCUACUUUAAAAACAUCCACACGCACGAUGAAAAAAAAACAGCGCGCGCACACAGUAACGAAACCGGCUGCAAUCUGAGCUCACCUGGGAUAGCGAGAUGGGGGGUUGUCGGGGGAGGAGGAGAGGGGUGGCAGGGGAGGAGGAAGAGAUUGGAGGAGGGUGGGGUGGGGAAGUGCGGAGAUGAGUUUGUGCAGAACGUCUCGGGAUAAGACGAGAGAUAGACACACCGUUUAUGCAUAUCGAUCGAUAUGUCGUUCUCUCGUAAAAAUUGUAAUUAGUACUACUUGUAUUCAAUCGACGUCUAUCCCUAAAGAAAUCCCUAGAAUUAAUCGUCAAGCUCUUGAUGGAAAAGGGCUCCAGACGUUUAUUUUGUUUUCCGUACACUAAGAAAAUUCCUGCUGCCUUCUAAUAAUGUUCUCUUUCUUUUACUUUCUUUUUUGUUUUUAUCUCUAAUGAGAAAGAUAACACGAAUACUCCUUGUUUUGUAUUUCCAUUUCUUUCUCUAUCUAUCCCCUGAGAGCCCACGUUUUUGUUUACAGUCUGCAAAUGAGUAGAAAUGGAGGUUUAUUUUUGCCAAAAUUUUCAAACGUGCAGAUAACUGAUUUCGCUCGGAAUACGUCUACAUGGAGUCAUUUCUUUUUCAUUUAACUACCUACAGAAUAUGAAAUAAGAAUGAACGGUUUCACACUCAAGACAGACAAAAAGAGAUUUAAAUGUAGUUAUUCAUUACUCUAAAAAAAGAACUUGUAGCUGAAAAAAAAAAUGUACUAGACUGACAAUGAAUUUUAGACAGUUUCACCUUGAAAAGCGCUAUGUGUAUUGUGAAUCAGACAAGCUGUUAUAGAUUGCAUACUGUGUAAGUUGUCACUACUGCUAUUAUCCGCUGUGAUUUAAAACUGAAAUGUCAUCGCAGAUGUUACUCAUUCAGCCGUGUCAACAUGCGCUUUAGCUGCCUGGCCCGUUUAGACCUUUAUACUGUAGCUAGCUUUGUCUCUUUACCGCGCAUAUGGAGAGAAAAGUGGUAAUACGCAGUAUUUCAUACAGGCUACAGCUUUUUGUCUCGGUUGUGGAUCUGCGAAUAUAUACCUGGUUCAUGUAAUGAGAAAAAAGGCUCUGUGUGUAUCUCUGUGAAUUAUUUUUCUCUGGGAAGUUCAGUGCCAGAGAGAGAGUUUGGUUCUUCUGUAGCACGGUGUAUGUGUUGGCAGUGAUUGGUCAGCUGGAGAAGACUUGCUUGUCGUGGGGAAGGCACAGUAGCAACGCUCCUGUGACAGGGCCGUCACCUGUUGUCCCUUAUCACUGUUAUCGCUCCACCUCAAUAACCCACCCCACCCCAACCCAACUCAGCCAGUCAUUGUGGAAAUUCAUAAUUAAUUAUGCAGCUCUCCAAGUAUGUUUUUAUAAUGCUGUGUACUUGCAAACAUCAUGGUGUAAAAUUUGGUCUUUUUUUUGUUUCUCUUUUUUUGUUUUCUUUUAACACAAAGCUAUUACUGUAUUUCUUAUUGAAAAGCUACGAACAAUGUAUUAACCAAUACCUCCUGACAUUAGAAAUUGUAACUGACCAUGUUUGUCGUCUUUGUGCCCUAUAAAAAGUAAAAGUAUAGCUUUAAGUGGUCCCAUAUACAUUAGAAACAGAGUCAAAUAAAUACUCUUUAACCACUACUGUAUCUUUGUUUCUGAAGUCUGAAGAAAGUUUUUUUUUUCUUCAAAAAAUUGAGGUGGACCCCUAGUGGUUGGUUGAUUUUUCGAUGGCUUUUUGUCUUUGGCAAGGCAGCCAGUGACAUGAUGAAGGAAGUUGGACCAGCCACUGUUGAACUUGAACCGUGUGAAGAGGCCACCACAUUUUAUUUUCAGUCACAUAAUUGGGUUACCAUCUUGAGUACAUCAUUACACAUUUUUUUGUUUUGUUUCAUUUUGCAAAAUACAAAUAAAUGCAUCUACAGUCA